AUGAGCAUUGCUGCAAACAGUGGAAACCCUGGGAAAGAAUGUUUUCACUUAGAAAGGACCAGGACACCAACAUCAUACAGUCCUCCAUCAGCACUACGCAAUGAGUCCCUGCAGGAGAUGCAAGAAAAAGGACUUUGUUCAAAAUUGAGACUUGGAGAGUGCACUGCAGUAAACCAGCAGGCUUACUCUGAGGAUAUAGACUGUGUCUUUCCUAUUUUUUGGGGUGAGCACGGCCUUUCUGAGCGAUAUAUAUACUUUUCUGUGUAUACAGGCCAAAAGGACAAUUGGUGUAAGUUUGGAAGAACAGUCUGCACAUUUGAUAGUAAGACUGGUAAGUGGCACUGCCAGUGCAGAGGUACUAAAAAUCGGAUCAGUUGUGUCCAUAGAUACUUAUCCAUGUGGUGGCUUUUUCAAGAGCAUCCCAAGCUGUUACAAAAUGCAGUGGACACCUCAAAUGAGGAUAUUGAAGAUGUUGAGGAGAUGAUCAGUGCUGCUGAUGACGUCCACCAACAUUCAUGUAGUAGUAUCAUCAUGGAAACCAACUACUUCUGGAGUUCAAAAAGAAUACCAGAGGACCUUCCAGUGGAUAUAACCACAGCAGAGAAGCCCGUUCCUGAAAACUUUGAACCACUAGAAGUACAGUGCCCAUACUGUCCUGGCCCAUCUCCUCCAGAUCUUGGACACAAAAUAGUCAUCACCCGGCAAGCAACUGUUUAUGGAAUAUUUAAACAGUUUAAAGGUGUUUCUGUCUUUGCCAAGGAGUGUCCUGUCUGCAGAAACUUGGUCCGGUUUCAAGAAUAUGAGAGUGGGUUUCACAACUACAAUAACAUAAUUUUUCUGUCAAUCCCUUUAUGCUCUCUUCUGACUGCUGGUGUUUCAAAUCAUAUUGCUGUGGGUCGUCUGUUUAGAACAAUCGAAUCCCAUUCAAGAACUGCUUUGCCAAUCAACAUGCUAAGAAAGGCAUUCUACCAUUUCAGUGCUUUAAGGCAGUACUCGUACAAUUUUUUUUGUUACCGCUGUGGUUAUCAUCCAUCCAUUGUCAUAGCAGACACCAACUGGAAAGUUGCAUUUGAUAUACCAGUCAAUCUCAUGAGACGCCCGGACAUUCAGAACAUUGGCCUCCAGGACACCCUCGUUAAUGUGGCAGCAAGAUGGGAGAACCUGGAAAAGGAGAUCAUUGCCACUGGAUUUUGUGACGACUCAUCUAACAAUCCUUUCUCAAGUGCACUGACAUAUUCGUCUUUUGCUCCUUGGAUUAGACAACACACAAGACUACAUGACAAGCUAUCAAAAACUGAAAUUUUCAAAGGUCUCUCUCAAAGUGAAAGGGUGAGCUCUGUAUGCCGUGAAAGCCAGGACGUUAAUGAAGAUAAAUCGCACAAAAGAGAAGACCUGGUGAAGGUAUGCAGCUGUCUUGGAGUGUCAACAACUGGCUCACAAACAGACCUUAUAAACAGGCUGGAGGAACUUCUCCUUUAUAAGGCGGUUUACCCCAAAAUGUUUGUAAAGCUGAAAAAAGCUGGAGGUGGAGUAUUACACAUGGGCUGCACCCAUGGUGUUGUAUAUUAUACAUCACCAUUAUGGUGGCAGGAAUCUGCACGGGACCACGGGGAUGCUCUGCUAAGUUUUAAAUAUCCCCCCACUGUGUACAUCUCUGACAUCGCUGGACGUGUUGCCAGGCAUGUUAAUAAUCGUACGCAACAGAGAUUUUUCCAGAUUUUUCCAAAUGACGGAAGGGAGGAAACCAAGACAUGCAGAAGAACCCAAAGAAAUGGACCAAUUCUCAUGUCCACACCCUGA